AUGGCCUCCCUACCUUCUGGGGAGAAGGUGGUCCUAGUUGCUCAUAGUUACGGUGGCCUUGGCAUUUCUCUAGCCAUGGAGCGCUUUCCGGAGAAGAUCUCUGUUGCAGUUUAUCUCACUGCACUAAUGCCGAAUUAUAGAGAUCCACCAGUUGCCCUCGUGCGUGUGCAACAAGCCGCGUCACCAAAUUUCAUGGAUUCAAUAGUUGUGUAUGAUUCAAAUCAUCAGCCAGUAUCUGACGUACACCUUGAAUUAGGUAAACUGCUGGUGAUGCCAACUGGGUUUUACUUGAAUGACUUGAGCAAGCCUUUGCUGACACAGAACAAAUUCGGGUCGGUCACUGGGUUUUUGUAA